CAGCUGCAGGGAGGGCGUGUUGGGGCGGAGUAGAGUAGAGCGGUUUGGUUCCAGCAGCUGAAUACAAGUGCUGCAACCUUAUGUCAUCUUUGUGGAGUAAAACAUCAUCUUGGAGGACGCCGCAUGAAUAUCGCAGGGCUUCAAUUUGUGAUCUUCUAGACACUAGGAUAGGAUCACAGUGAGAGAAAGAAGGAGAUUUGAAGGAGACAGUAGUCCAGUAGGGAGGAAGAAGAGGAGGACGUGGGGGCUUUGUUAUUUUGCAUUAAUGCCAAGUAAAGAGAAGCAUUGACCUCUCCCCUACUUGACACCCCCUGCCUGCCCUGCCCUAUAUAACUUCCUAGCCGCUCAACCAGACGCAUCAAAGCUCAUCUCUUUCGCUGUUCUCAUCUCCUCUUCCCAUCCUCCAGGCUUGCUUCAGGUGGUGAGAGUGAGCCAUGAGCCGGGGCAGCGGUAGCGGGGUGAGGAGCGCGAGGCUGGAGCUGCAGCUGAACCUGUCCCCGCCGGCGGCCGUGGGGAUGGAGGUCGGGCAGGACGACAGUGACUCGUCGUCUCCGAGCUCGUGCGUGUCGUCGGACGGGCGGAGCUCGAGCGGCGGCAGCCCCGGGAGCAAGUCCCCCAUGGUGAUCGGCGCCUGCACCCGCUGCCUCAUGUACUGCAUGGUGGCCAAGAAGGACUACCCGACCUGCAUCAACUGCAAGCAGCCCUGCCUCGUGGACCUCCUGCACGGCGAGGCCGGCGGUGGCGGCGGCAAGCGCAAGUGAAGAAAGGAGCCAAGAUUGAUGGUGCGCCCGGCCAGUGGAUGCUCAUACGGACGGUUAGCUCGAUCAGGGGGUGGGGGAGUGACUGCCGUUGGAUCAUCCACUGGACAGGGUUUCCUUCCUUCCUCAUUAGCAGGAGGCUAGUUGUAGCAGCUUAGUUUAUUUGGAUGCUGUUGAUUAGGUUGUGUCGUUGUAGGGUACGUGUGGUGGAGACUUAUUAUGGUUGCGGUGGUGUUUUCAGUUGUAAUCUCCCUCCGGUUUAGCUGAAGAAAAUUAAUAUUUGCAAUGGAACUUUACCCUUUGCAGAUGCAAGAACAUUGAUCC